GUGGUGGCAAGAAGAAGAGGGGAAGGGAGAAAGGAAGCUAGGCUAUGGAUGCUUUUAUGCCAGGCCGGAAGUUCGCAUUCUUGGCUUGAGAGCUGUGCAAAUCACUUGAUAAGGCUUCUGAUACUAUUGAUGCGAGGAUGAUUUGGAUUGACGUGUAAAGCACUUUUAAAGGUACCACCGGUACUAAGUGAGAGUUUGCAGGGCGAACCCUGCCUAAGCAAUGGCAGGUCCUGAAUUUGGCAAAGCAAGAAACUUUGAGCUGUCGUCCCUGCCCGGCAUUGCAAGAGUUUCUCCUAUGCCACCUUCAGUUGCUUGGCACCGCUAUGAGGGGAUUGGCGCAAAUGGGCAAGGAGACAGCCAAAAGAAAGUUCACCCUUUCGAUUUGAAUCCGGCAACUGCACAAUUGGAGGAACUGGAGCUUCGUUGCAUUCGCCAUGCCAGCUCAGCACCAAAUGCUGCAUUGGAGGAGAUAAUCGCAGCUGCAGAUGUUGAGGUCUAUGAGAUUUACAGGAAAGCAGAACAGGCCCGCAUCCGCUGGGAGGCAGCAGAAGCUGAGCUCAGGACAAAAGCUGAUGGCGCCACCUUCCUGCGUCUUCCCUCACUGGAAAGAUGCCUCCGCCUGCCUACUUCUCUGGACCACUACAGCAGCAAGAGCCCCGGGCCAUCUGAAGCUGGCCAGAUGUUUGGUGCCCCCCGCAGCCAUCCAGUCGAAGGGGCUUGGGAGGCCUCAAAUGCACGCGGCAGGGGGAGAUCAUCGAGCGCCCUGUCAUUUUUGACACCAUCACUACGACACUUGGAGAAAGCCAUCCCCGACGAGCUCCGCGCAAGGUUGGCCAUGUACAGGUCUGACCCGGAACAGAUGGUUGCCUUGGAAGAGCGUGUAGCGUUCUACGACAGUCAGCAUCCCCGAGGGAAGGGCGUGUUAGCUGAGCUCCACGGCAUCGUAGAGAAGAAUAAGGAGUCAGUGCGGAACCUCAGUCCAGACAUUCUGCUCGAGGAGCGGCGAAGAAAGUUGCACGAGCAGAUGGCCCAGAAGCAGGAGCGGCUAGAGCGCGCGCGUGAGCGGCGGCUCCUGCAGCUGGCCGAGCAUGAAGAGCGGCUGCGGCAGACCGUGGCCCGCUCGGUCAAAGGCGACGACGGCCAUGCCAUGGCGUUUGCUCUGGGAAGACCGAUGGAGAGCGAGGAACAACGGCGGAAACGGCAGACGCGAGAGAGACAGGAGGCAACGUCGAAAGCGUGGUUGACUCUCGUGGCUCUCAUCAGCCGGCUGAGCCUCCUGGGGGAGAGGGUGCAGGAGCACCGAGUGCUGGAGUUCAAGCGCCACCGCAUGGUGCGGGCUGCGCGGACGAUCCAGACGUGGUAUCGGGCUGGCCUCGUUAUGAGGCGCCAAGAGCGCAGGAAUCAGAGUGCUCUUCUUAUUCAACGCAAUUUUCGCCGUUGGGCGUUCGUGCACGGCAUACGGGCUCGCCAGCGGAAUGCGGGCGCGAUCCUGAGCUUCUUGCGGCAAGUGAGCAAGGCGAACAUGGUGGCGGCGGCCUUCCGCGCCUUCCGCAGCAAAGUGGUCCUCAUCCAGCGGUGCCUCAAGGACCACUGCGCGGUGAGCGCGGCGCGACAGGUGCUGGUGUGCGAGCUGUGGGAGAAGUACGAGAGGGACCUCACGCUGCACGCACAGGUCGCGACCAAAGGCAAACGAAAGGCGGCGCGAGUGCAUUUCGAGGGAGGGGAAGCGGCCGGCAAAGGCGGCUCGAAGGACGGCAAGGGCGGGAGCGUCAAGGAGGGGCCCGUGGCUGCUGCGGAGAGCAAGGCCGGGCCAGAGAAGCAGGCGGACGCCUAUGUGGGAGUGACCAUCCCACGGGCCGUCAAAAUGCAGGUUGCGGUCACAUACAUCGAAGAGGAGAGACGACGGUUUGGCGAGCGCAUGCGGGCCCAUCAGCUUGCGCUUCAGGCUUUCCGAAAGCGGUGGGCAGCCGACAGCAAGCUUCUGGCCGCCAAGUUGAUGGUGCAAGGAGUGGACGCGGGGAGCAUGGCGGCCGAGAUCGAACGGCUACGGUCUCUCGAGUGCCCCCCGGCUCCAAAGUGGCAGCGCCUGCUCACGACGCAAGAGCUGGCGGAGCUGCACGCCAGAGGGUUGAAGGAGGCCCCCGAGUACUACAGAGCCAAGAGACAGGACGCCUGAGCACUGUACUGUACUAG